AUGAUGAGCAUCAUGAAGAAUAAAAAUAGCGUCUUUUUCUUUGUAUCUCUCAUGAUGAUCAGCUUCUCUUGGAGCAACAAUCAUCCGCUUUCCCAUGGAGCUGCUGCUGCUAACACCAUCUCUGCAAAUCAACCGCUGCUUUCCGGAGAUCAAACCAUUGUGUCGGCAGGUGGGAUCUUCGCACUUGGCUUCUUCAGACCAGGUAAGGACUCCAACAAAAACUACAUAGGAAUAUGGUAUAACAAUCUCCCUGUUACUCAAACUGUGGUUUGGGUAGCUAACAGAGAUAACCCAAUCUCCGAUAGGUAUUCAUCUCAACUCAGAAUCUUAAACAACAAUUUGGCGCUUCUCAACGAAUCUCAAACACCCAUCUGGUCCACCAACAUCUCAUCAUCUUCUUCUUCAUCAUCUCCGAUUGAAGCGACCCUAGGUGAUGAUGGCAAUCUGGUGCUAAAAGACGUCUCAAAUUCCACAAUUUGGCAGAGCUUUGAUUACCCAACCCACACAUUUUUGCCUGGUGCAAAGCUUUCAUAUAACAAACGAACUAAAACGAGCCAGAUCCUCACAUCCUGGAAAAACUCUGAGGACCCUUCUAAGGGGUUAUUUUCGUUUGAACUUGAUGGAAUUAACAAUCAAUAUCUUAUUCAGUGGAAUGGAUCAGAGCAGUACUGGUCUAGCGGCCCGUGGAAUGGGAAUGGGAAGAUAUUCAGCUUGGUGCCCGAGAUGAGGCUUGACUUCCUCUACAACUACAGCUAUGUUAGCAACGAGAACGAGAGUUACUUCAUAUUUAAGAUGUAUGAUCCUAAAGGUAUUUCUCGAUUCUUUUUGGAUGUAGGGGGGCAAAUCAGGGUAUUAACUUGGGUGCAGGGUGUUGGAUGGAAUUUGUUCUGGAACCAGCCAAGAACACAGUGUGAGGUUUAUGCUUUAUGUGGAGGAAAUGGAGCCUGCAAUGAGAUCACUCCUCCAUUCUGCAAUUGCUUGGAUGGGUUCCAUCCCAAGUCACAGGCUGAUUGGGAUCUCAAUGAUUUUUCAGGUGGCUGUGUUAGGAAGUUUGAUUUGCAAUGCGAAAAUGGCAAUAAAGACAGAUUCAUGUUGUUCACCAACAUGAGAUUGCCGAAGAAUCCAAAGUCUUUUUCCAUUCAAAUAGAGGAUAUGAAGGAUUGUGCAUCUAUUUGUCUGAAUGACUGCUCUUGCACUGCUUAUUCUUACAACAUUCAUGACAGAUGUUUGGUUUGGAAUGCAGAGUUGUUCAAUCUACAACAGCUCGAUCAAAACGAGGGUAAUGGCAAGAGUAUUUAUAUCAGACUUUCUGCCGAAGAUCUUUACAGUGGUAAGAGUAGAAGAACCGGAACAAACAUAGGCGCCAUUGUAGGUUCAGUAUGUGCUAUUAUAGCUGUUUCAGGACUCCUUUUCUUCAUUAUAAUAAAAAGGAGGAAGAAGAGAUUGCUUGGCAUAUCAAAGGUGGUGGAAGGCUCUUUAGUCACGUUCAUCUACCAGGACAUACAAACUGCCACCAAAAACUUCUCAGAGAAAUUAGGAGUUGGAGGAGGAACAGGAUUUGGUUCUGUUUUUAAAGGAAUGUUGUCUGAUUCAACACUGAUAGCGGUUAAGAAGCUCGACGGCAUCAGCCAAGGAGAUAAGAAAUUCCGAACUGAAGUGCGAAAUAUCUGGACCGUUCAACACGUUAACCUUGUCCAUCUUCACGGAUUCUGCUCCAAAGGCAACAAGAAGUUGCUAGUUUACGAGUACAUGAAAUAUGGCUCUUUGGAUUCUAUUCUUUUCAAUCAAAACUAUUCCAAAUCUUUAGACUGGAAAACCAGGUACAAAGUUGCCAUUGGAAUAGCCCGUGGCUUGACUUACUUACAUGAAAAGUGUAGCGACUGCAUCAUUCACUGCGAUAUAAAGCCUGAAAACAUCCUUCUAGAUUCCAAGUUCAUCCCCAAGGUGGCUGAUUUCGGUCUGGCAAACCUCAUUGGUCGAGAUUUCAGCCGAAUGCUCACGACAAUGAGAGGAAUUACAAGAGGCUAUCUUGCUCCCGAAUGGAUAUCAGGUGUACCUAUAACAGCAAAAGCCGAUGUUUACAGCUACGGAAUGAUUCUAUUCGAGUUAAUUUCAGGAAAAAGGAACUCUGAUUCAUCUGGAAAUGGGAUGGUUAAGUUCUUCCCAACUUUGGCUGCAAAUUUGGUAGUAGAAGGGGGCGAUAUUCUUAGCCUAUUGGAUGAUAGAUUGGAUAGAAAUAACGUCGAGCCUGUGGAAGUUAUGAGAAUUUGUAGGGUGGCUUGCUGGUGCAUACAAGAUGAGGAAGAUCAUAGGCCGACAAUGAAUCAAGUGGUUUUGAUCCUUGAAGGGAUUGUUGAUGUCAACCGCCCUCCAAUUCCUCUGUCUCUUCAAACCAACAUUGUAAACAACCAGGAACACAUAUAAUAUGUUAUU